CUGGCGACUUGUAGGGCUUGUCAAUGGCAUCAGUGUGAGCCUCUGGUGGGGUCAUUGCCAUUGCAAAAGCAGCUCCUCGUGCAGUGGUACUGGAUUACGUUUGCAAACAAUGUCUUCUGAACCAGGCAGCAGCAUCUGUCCAAAGCCCUUGAUACUGUCCAGGGCUUGUGCAGCAGGUGCCACAGCCAGGCUUGUGGAGCAGAAUGUACGCUACGACGCGGCUCAGGGAAUAAAUGGAAGUGUGCCACUCAGACAGUCCCCACGCUCAGCUGCAAGUCCAAAGCCACAAGUGCCUCCAAAGCCAGUUCAUCUGCAGAAGGCAACAUACCAAACCCCUAGGCAUAAAGCUUUAACAAACCAGAAACCAAGAAUGGAGGAAGAGACACCUGCUGCUGUUUCUAGUGUCACAAAGGAAAAGUCCAGUAAAGUGUCAGAUCUCAUCAACCGUUUUGAGGGAGGCAGCUCCCUGAACCCUAGCGACUUCAAGAAAGACCCCUCCGUUCUCCACAUCACUAAAUCUCAAGGAAGAUAUGGGUCCGCUCCAUCACCUCAGCCAAAACUCCCCUCCCAGCACUCACUACAGACACAGGGAACCAGUAGCACUGACAGAACUCAGGUUGCACAGCUGCCCACGGCCAACGGCGUGGCGGAGCAGGAGGAAGAGGAGCGGCGAUCGCCGGAGCGCGGCUCGGCCGCGUCCACCCCGCUCCCGGACGGGGCCACGGACAGCAGCUUGACCAACGGGGAAGGAGAGAGCGCUCACACAGAGCCCCUGCCAGCUGAGGCUGCCUGCGAGGAGCAGGUGCUCAACAGCUGCCACAGGACUCCCAGCGGUGACGCGCUGCUCCCACCCGACAGCGAAACUCUAGGAAUUGAUGCUGAUGUCAAGGAGGAGCCGGCUGAGGAAAGCAGUAAACAAGAUCAACCUGUAGAAAUAAAGGAGACAGAUGAGCAGAAACGUCACAAAAUUGCCAAUGAACUUCUGCAAACAGAAAAGGCCUACGUUAGCCGACUGGACCUCCUAGAUGGGGUAUUCUAUUCCAGACUCCUUGAGGAAGCCAACCGAGGUUCGUUUCCACCUGAAGUGAUUAAUAAAAUAUUCUCCAACAUUUCAUCGAUAAAUGCCUUCCACAGUAAAUUCUUACUUCCGGAACUUGAAAAAAGAAUGCAGGAAUGGACCACCACCCCUAGGAUUGGAGACAUUCUGCAGAAGCUGGCUCCUUUCCUCAAGAUGUACGGCGAGUACGUGAAGAAUUUCGACAACGCGAUGGAACUGGUGAAAACGUGGACUGAGCGGUCACCUCAGUUCAAAUUCAUUAUCCAAGACAUUCAGAAGGAAAAAGUGUGUGGAAAUUUGACAUUGCAACAUCACAUGCUAGAACCAGUCCAACGCAUUCCACGCUACGAGAUGCUUCUAAAGGACUACCUAAGGAAAUUGCCUCAGGAUUCCCUAGACUGGAAAGAUGCUGAAAAAUCCCUGGAAAUUAUAUCCACUGCAGCAAGUCACUCAAAUAGUGCAAUAAGAAAGAUGGAGAAUCUAAAGAAGUUGUUGGAGAUCUAUGAGAUGCUGGGAGAGGAGGAAGACAUUGUGAACCCUUCAAAUGAGCUGAUCAAAGAAGGGCAGAUCCUUAAGCUGGCUGCUCGCAACACGUCUGCCCAGGAGCGCUACCUUUUCCUGUUUAACAAUAUGUUGCUCUACUGCGUCCCCAAAUUCAGCCUGGUAGGAUCCAAGUUCUCGGUUCGAACCAGAGUUGGCAUAGAUGGCAUGAAGAUUAUAGAAACCCAUAAUGAAGAAUAUCCACACACUUUCCAAGUGUCUGGGAAAGAGAGGACAUUGGAGUUGCAGGCCAGUUCUGAACAGGAUAAAGAAGAAUGGAUAAAGGCACUUCAGAGUACUAUUGAAGCUUUUCAGCAGAGGAAUGAAACUUUCAGAAAUGCUAUUGCUAAAGAAUAUGAAGACAUGCCUGUUGAAGUCUCUAAUGCUGAGCUUGGGAAGAGGGCGCCGCGGUGGAUCCGGGACAACGAGGUCACCAUGUGCAUGAAGUGCAAGGAGCCCUUCAACGCGCUGACGAGGAGGAGGCACCACUGCCGAGCCUGCGGACAUGUGGUUUGCUGGAAAUGUUCCGAUUACAAAGCACAUCUCGAAUAUGAUGGCAACAAAUUGAACAAAGUCUGUAAAGAUUGCUAUCAUGUUAUAAUUGGUUGUACAGACAGUGAAGAAAAGAAGAGGAAGGGCAUCUUGGAGAUUGAAUCUGCAGAAGUCUCUGGAAACAGUGUCAUAUGUAGCUUUCUUCAGUACAUGGAGAAGUCCAAGCCCUGGCAGAAGGCAUGGUGUGUCAUACCCAAACAGGAGGCUCUUGUGCUCUACAUGUAUGGUGCUCCACAGGAUGUGAAAGCUCUGGCUACAAUUCCUCUUCUGGGCUACACAGUGGAUGACACCCCAAAAAGUGCUGACCUCCCCCACAGCUUCAAACUGACCCAGUCCAAGUCUGUGCACAGCUUUGCUGCAGACAACGAGGAACUGAAACAGAAGUGGCUCAAAGUUAUCCAUUUAGCUGUCAAAGGUGAGACACCAGAAUGUCAAAAUGAACUGCAAGUGAAUUUAGAAGAGCAGCCUGAAUCUUCUAAAAGAUCUGAAUGCUGAAGCACAGGAACACGUGGCAUUUUUAAAAAUUUUUAGUUGAAAUUGUGGUUAACCUUUGUGUUAACCUUUCUUUGCUCAAUCAAGGAAAAAAAAAAAAAAAGAAAAACUUCCUACUACCGUACACAUCUUGGCACUUUAUGUUUGGGAAAGAAUUCUGGUCUUUUUAGGGAUCUUUUUCUUAUAUUUAUGUUCUGUCAAUAAAAGUGAUGUACAGGUCCAUUUCAGAGACUUUUAAAAAAAAUGUGAAUGCUAUUAAAAAUACUUACUAACUUUACUGUACUACUUGUUCGUUGUAAUGCAAUUUUUUUAAAAUCCAGUUGCUCUUCAGUUAACAUUUAAGAAUGCAAAUAUUUGAAGCCUCCUACUUACAUGUUAGGACUUGCAACAGGAUAAAAGAUAUACCUCCACAUUGCCAAAAUAGAUCUGUACUUAAAUAUGCAGGGACAGUUUGGUUCAAUGUAUGUAGUUUAUAGAUUGAUUUCCACAGUUCUGUACAUAUGUUGUAUUCACUUGUAUCUUUUUAAUUAAAGUAAUGCAAAUUGCUUUCACAGGUAUAUUGGCUUUUAAGGUUUCAAUUUAUCAAGGAAACAAUCUAAUGAUUUUCAAUGUAGAAAUAAAUAGCUAAAAUAUGAGAAAACUAUAUAUAAUAUAUGUACAGUAUUAAAAAUGUACAAUACUUGAUUAUUGCUUUGAUUUCAUGAUACUGGGUUCUUAUUAGUGAAUAAUUUAUUUUUUAAAAAGCAUGUUUUCUAUUUGAAAUUAAACACAGUCCUAAAUUGAAAAAUACUGUUCAGUGAUUUGUUUUAAUAGCUGACACUUAAUGAUCUUGACAUUUUUAUGCAUCAAAGAAUUGACAGUAAUGUAAGUGGCAUGCAAUGGACAAAUGAGUUCCAGUUGUGUUUAAACAAGUAGUCGCUUUUCUUCAGUGUCCUAUCACUGUUAGCUUUUAAGAGUGCAGUAGUUUGUUGCUCAAAUGCAGUAUGUGGUUUGAGAAAAGCAACAGAUACUAGUAACCUUCUGGGAAUGUGUCUUUUUGCUAUUAUGGUUAUUGGAGCAAAAGAACAAUUUGAACUUCAGUUUUUUAAUUUUUGUAGAAGAUUAGGUAUUGUAAUGCUUAUUUAUGACAACAAUCUUCAAGGAUUCUUGUUUUAAAGUGGAGCCUGGUUUAUAAAAGUUUAGUAUGAAAUCUGAGCUUGCAAAUGUUAAAUUUUAUGAACUAGCAUUAUUUCUUUCCUGUUCCUGGGUACAAGGACUCAUUGGCUUUACAAUAUUAAGUUCCUUAUGAACUUCCAUUCCUAUUAGAGUUUUUAUACAUAGAGACAAAUGACUUCCAUAAAAUUUUUACUUGAGUGAAAUAUGGCAAACUCAGAGGUAGUGAUUGACUAUCAAUUAAAAUCAUUGCUGUCUUUCCCUUUUGAAACCCUUUAAGGAAGGAAAAUAUGUAACUUCUACAAUCAGCUUGUCAUAAGAACAUUCAGAAGUCUUACUUCUCAAUAAAUCUGCAAUCUGUGUUUUAAAUCAUGUCAAGCUGAAAAGCUCAGGUUCAAUUUUGUUAGUAACAUGACAGAUUUAAAUUGUUGGGUUUUUAUAAUGAGUUUGCCAAACAAAUUAUCCACUGAACUCCUACUCCUGCUUUACUCUUUCUGCAACAUUAUAGGGGAAAAAAAACCCAACUCAUUUGCAUUUAGCAAGGGAUUCAUACCUGUUUGUAGUGUCAGGCACACACGAGCAUGCAGUGUCAUCAUUCCUUCAUAAAAAUGUCAUGUAAGUUAAUGUUAGUGGGAUGGAUUUUGCUCUCACCUGCACAGAUCCAGGAUCUACCAUAUCCUUUAGAUUCCACAGCUUUACACCAGUGUUAAUAAUGAUCAGGACACGGUAUGGUACUAACUCUCCAGCUGACUUGGUGCAUGUCCAUUCUGAAUUCUCUUCCUUGGGUGCUCCCUGGGUCCAGAUUAUUCUGGAUAUAACCCUGGUAUUGCCUUUAUCCAAUGUGCAAGCUCUUCUGUAAUUCUCUUUGGGAUUUUUAGUUACUUCUACUGGCAGCUGUGUUUACCUUUAGCAAUGGGCAGCUCAAGCCUGGUUUGAUUCAUGUUGGUGAAUACCAUCAGGUUUUUGCCAAGGUAAUAUAAGAUCUCCCUAGCUAAUACAUGUAAUCUUACAUACGCCUUGGCAAGAGAGGGGGGAACAUUCAGGUAAGCAAGCAGAACUCUUGGUGGCUAUCUUUCCUUCAUGGCCAUCUCCCAAGAGUGGCUAUCUUCUACAAGAGCCUCAAGUGCAAUUGUGGGGUAUGGAGAGUUGUCUUUCCACAUACCAAUGUAUAAAAACAGUUUCCCAUUGUCAAGGUGUGGAGUAUAAAGGAAGAAGUUGCUUUAGAGGAGUUCUCAGAUAGGAAGGACUGAGAUAUAGUGAAAAUAUGAUGAUAUGACUGUAGAGUCAGUUAGGCUGGAAAAGCCCUCUAAGAUUACUGAGCCAACCAUUGCCCAGCACUGCCAAGUCCACCACUAAACCAUGUCCCUAAGUGCCACAUCCACACACCUUUUAAACACCUUCAGGGAUGGUGACUCAACCCUUUCACUAGGCAGCCUGCUUCACCUCUGUUUUGGUGACAAAAUAUUUUCUAAAAUUCUAUCUAAAACUCCCCUGGUGCAACUUGAGGCCAUUUCAUCUUGUGCUAUUGCUUGUUUCUUGGGAGAAGAAACCAAUCCCCUCCUUGCCAUCAUCUCCUUUCAGAGAGUGAUAAGGUCCCUCCUGAGCCUUCUUUUCUCCAAGCUGAACACUCCCAGCUCCCUCAACCACCUCUCACAGGACUUGUGCUCCAGACCCUUCACCAGCUCUUGUUGCCUUUCUCUGGGCCCAUUCCAGCACUUCCAUGUCCUUCUUAUCCUGUCUCUCAUGUCCCAGAACUGGACAUGGCAUUUGAGGCACAGCCUUGUCCAUGCCAAGUACAGGGGGCAGCCACUGUCCUGUUCCUGCUGACCACACUGCUGCUGGUACAGGGGACAAUCUGGUCCUGCUGGCCACUCUGUUGCUGGUACAGGGCGCAAUCACUGCUCUGGUCCUGCUGGCCACACUGUUGCUGGUGCAGGCCAGGACACUCUUGGCCUUCUUGCCUACCUAGGCCCACUGCUGGCUCUUGUCCAGCUGCUGUCAAACCAGCACUCCCAGGUCCUUUUCCACAAGGCAGCUUUCCAGCCUUUCUUCCCCAGGCCUGUAGUGCUGCAGGGCUUGUCGUGACCCAGCACUAGGCCUUGUUGAACCUCUUGGAGCUGGCUUGGCCCAUUGAUCCAGCCUGUCUGGAUGUCACUGCAGAGCCUUCCUGCUCUCUCAGCAUCCUGCCCAUCUUGGUGCUGUGUAGUACAUUCUGUUUCCACCUGCAAAUCUCAUCCUAAGCCCAUUCCAGUUAAGAGAUUAGAAGUAGCAGUUUCUGUGCUGCCUUAUUGUUAUAGUGGUGUUGAGCAGUUGAAGGUACUUGAAUGGCAGCAUCUCUCAGAUGAAGCCCAGCAUCUGGGCACAAGCAGUUUGAAAUGGGAGUUGCUUGUUUGCAUGUUAGCCUCAUGUUUGUUCUCAGCCAUUAAAUUUUAUACAGGAUAGCACAGGAUAUUUUAUUUACCCUAGUGAAACCCAUUUGUUUGGUCAGAAUUGUUCUCUUCUGAGUCAGAACGCCUUGGCACUCAAAUACAUGGUUGUGUGUAUUUUGUGGGAAAAGUGUAUAUUACCAAUAUUGAAGGACAUCAGAAGAUGGAGAAGUUCUAAAUUUAACCACCCUGUUGCCUUCAUUCUCCACAGACAAACCCUCCUAACAACAGCAUCCCAAACCUGUGCUUUAAACUGUAAAUUACGACUGCAGAGGAACAAAUACAAAGUUGUAGUUGCUGUGGCUUAAGAAUUAUGAUGAAAGCAGUGAAAUUAAAACCAUCAUUCUAACAAGGUAGAAACUGUUCCCAUUUGAGAUAAAUUCUUAAAUUCUGCAAGGAAAAGAAAAAAGGCAUUAAAUUUGGGAGCAUAAAGCUCUGUGUGUAAGGAAUAAACUGUAACUAAGCAUUCAUUCAUAAUGCAUGAAUGCAUGUGAAUUGCUGUGCUGAAUUAUUUAAGUUUUGCAACUCUUGUGUUCAAGUAAUGCUUGUUUCUCACUUUAAAAGUGAUCACUCUUCUGUGCGAUAUAAAGCAGAUAAAAACUUAUUUUAGUGGUUUUAUCUGUGUUCAACCAGAACAAGACUUAAAUUUAUCAUUCAUAUUUUUGGAUCAUAGCAAUAUAUUUUUUGAAAUUACUUAUUUUUUCCCCCUACCAUGGGAAAGUAGUGUAUCAUGAUAUCUGCAUGUCUGCACCAUUCCUCCAGGCCCUCUAAAAAUUCUUUUUUGGUAUCAGGUACUCCUGCUUGGUUGAAGAACUGCUGUAAAACCUGUAUUAUGUAGUAUUUUCAAAUCCCUUUAUGCCAAGUAGUUCUGUUUAUUUCUAAGUGUAUGUAACUUGUAUGUGCAAAAAAGAUAUUGAGAGUACAAAACAUUCUCUUCUAUUUGGAAAGAAUAUUAAACCACUUUAAUUGCAUGUAUAUAUAGUAGCACCUUUUUAUGCAAAACCAUCUCAAAGUGCUUUAUAAAUCUCCUCAAAGAUUCUAACUCUUUUUCAUAGAAAAGAAGAUUUUUAUUGCUCAUGUUUUUAAGUUAUGGAUGAAGGCAAGGCACUGAUUAAAUAUAGAGUAAAUACACUACCACCUAAGUAAAAUUUAGGAGAAAUUAUAGAAGUAUGCUCCACAGACUUCCAAGUGGAGUCAGAAGGAAAAAGAAUAUUUAUAUUGAAACAAGUGGGAAAGAUGUGGAAACACUUGACAGGUUGUUUGGGUUCCUCACCACAUAGCUAGCAUAAAAAAUCAUCAGCUUUUCAUUUCAAGGAAAGAUUAAUUAAAAUUAAGAAAGGGUAGUUAUUUCUUACCCUGAAGGAAAGACUUUCUGGAAAGAAAUAAACAUUCCAUGUAGAAAUAAUCCUAAGCAAUAACAAAAGGUCUUUCUCCAUAUAGCUGGUAUAAACUAGCAUGGGCCUGCUGGAGCUAUUAUACCCUCAGUGAUUUAAAUUUAUAUACAAUCUGCCUUACAUAAUAUAAGGACACUUGUGGAAGAUGAAACUUCCACCAUUAGGGAGCUGAUGUGAUACCAGGUCUCACCUGGACUCACAGAGCUCAGGUGAAGUUCAAAUGGGGGUAAUGGAUGUAGGGGUGAAUGUAAACAACUGGAAAUAUAUAUCCAAAAUAAAUUACUGGAGAGAAGUAAUUUCGUGGCAGAACUGACUACCCUUAAUGUAAAUCCAUUCUUAGUCUCUGUGGUGUACUGUUAUUUGAAAUCUGAAAUUAAAUACAUGGGGUUAAUGUUUUUUGCUCUAGUCUGUGGCCCUGUUGGUGUGAGGAAUUUAUCCAGCUGGUUCUGACCCAUGGGACUGUAGUAUGUUCCUCAGAUAGGAGUUUUAAUCUGCUAGUCAGAUUGUUUCCUAAUUCCUUCUCCUUUAACAGAUGAUAACAUUAAUUUAAUGAUUACAUAUGUGUGUGUAUAUACACAUAUGCAUAUGUAUGUGUGUAUAUGUAUAUAUGUCUAUUUAUAUAUUUGAGACUAUUAUUCAGAUGACUUGUUUUCAAGCAGUAUUUUACAAUCAAAAAAGAUACACUGUGCUGCAUUCAAAAUAGAAUGUAUAAUGAUUGUGUUGAGUAUGCUUUCCAGAAAAAGAUGGAGGUUGAUCUGCUAUUGUGGCAUGUUUACUAUUUCAGCCUAUAAAAACAAACACACAAGCCCUCACAAACAUGCUAAUUCCAGUGAGGCAUUUCAAUCAGCUUCCUUUGAAACCCUGUGAUUAAAUUUCUACCUAGAAUAAACCAUGGCAUUUUAUUUCACCCUUUCCUCUUCCUAGCACAAGUGAAUGUAGAACAUGCUUUAUUCUCAAAAUCCUCAAGCAGAUUUCUUUGAAUAAAAUAUGUUUUCAGCCACUGCUGAACACCAGCCUACUUCUGUUUAUAGUUCAUCCUCGUAGAUUCAUUAAGUAUUUAUGGUGGAAACAUUCAGAAAAGAGGGAACUAUAUCAAAGCAUUUUUGCAUCUAUGUGCCCUGGUAUUUUUAAGCCAAAUUUGUUGCAUGUAGAGAACAGUUUGCAAUAGAAAUAUUAUUUUUUCUAUCAUUCUAUUUUCUAUUCUGCAGCUGUUAAGGUAGAUUAAUACAGUAAUUUUAGUGGGAGCUGUAUCAGCUGUAAUGUUUAACAUCAGAAUUACAGGCUAUACAUGUUCCAUUUCCCUUCAUUAUGGAAGCAUUUCUGAUUUUAAUUGCAAAAAGAUUUUCUAAAAAAUUAAUAAUUGGAAGAAUUGUAAAUUUGUUUUGGUUUUGCAAUAAAGUGAAUAAUGUUAAAAAGGUGAAAUACAAAUGCCAUUGUAAGUUGUGCAAAUGUAAGUCGUCAUUUUUAUGGUUGAGAAAUAUAUGAAUGUAAAAAUGUUGAAGAUAUUGUACAUAUUUUCUGUAAUAUAUGUAUAUUUGAUCCUAAGGUGGGUGGAGAAUUGUAAAAAUUAAGCACUUUAAUUCAUGUUGAGUACCUAAAAAGAACAGAAAUUUGUAUCCUGUAAAAUAAAAGCAUCAUUAAAUAAG